AGGAACCCACAGAGAAACAUGCAUCUGUCUCCCACUCCUCUCUGCGGUUUCCUCCUCAUCUUAAACUUGCAGCUGAUCAGCACGUAUCCCAUCAGCACCGGCUUGACUGACACUGACAUGGACAUCUUAAAGGUGCUGCUUCACAGACUGGAGGAGUCAGUGUCAGAGCAGACUGAGAUGGACCAGAGAGUCCCUGCAGAGCAGGACAGUCUGGAUAGUCUGAAUGUAGAGGAGCAGCCACAAACUGAACUGGAUGAGGCGUCAAUCAGGGAAUUUCUCUCAGCCAAGAACCUGAAGAGCGUCCGCAACGACUCGUCCAAGAGGUCAUCCGGCUGCUUUGGUCGGCGGAUGGACAGGAUAGGCUCCAUGAGCUCUCUGGGCUGCAACACUGUGGGCAGAUACAGUAAGUUACAGUAA